GUGGGCAAAUAUUAACGUGAACUUUGGCUGUUUACACAGAAAAAAUACACAAACCUUGGCUAAGAUGGAAACACAGAGACAGUCCAGACCUGUCUUGUACUGAACUGUGUGUCCACUGCGCCAUCUAUCGACUAAUGACGAGCAACGCAACAACAUUGAGAAGGAAUAUGGCGGCGUCCGUAAAACCCCCGCUCUGCUGCUGUUAACUCUUUUUUUUCAGUCAAUAAAAGUUUUGUACGUCAGAAAAUAAGGUAACGUUAUUGUACAGCAUAGAAUCAUCAAAAAACGCACUGUAGGUUUGCUUUAGUUGUAAACCCACUGGUGCAGUCCUGUCGGGCUCCCCUGCGGUGUCAUGUCCAGGCUGGCAGUGGUGUGUGGGGGGUCCAGGGGCAUUGGGAGGGCUGUGUCCCGCCUGCUGGCAGAGAGGGCCUGCAGGUUGGCUGUUGUCUCCAGGAACGAAGAUGCUGCCCGCUCCACAGUGGCAUCUCUGCAUGGAGCUGACCAUGUGGCUUUCAGCUGUGAUGUCUCUAAAGAGCAGGAGGUGCAGAAAACCUUUGAAACGAUCCAGAAGACCUGUGGAAACAUCUCUUAUCUUGUGAAUGCAGCAGGCAUCAACAAGGAUGCUCUGUUACUGAGGACCAAGCCGGAGGACAUGGUGGCUCUGCUUCACACCAACCUGCUGGGCACCAUGCUGACCUGCAGGGCAGCACUGCGCAGCAUGCUGCACACCCAGGGAGCAGCCAUUGUCAAUAUAGGCUCUGUUGUGGGCCUGAAAGGGAACACAGGCCAGUGUGUCUACAGCGCCACUAAAUCCGGCCUAGAGGGCUUCACACGCUCUUUGGCUAAGGAAGUCGCUUCGCGCGAUGUCCGAGUUAACCUGCUGGCUCCUGGUUUCAUCAGCACCGACAUGACCGCAGGGCUGAAGGAGGAGGACAGGUUGCGCUCCAUCCCGCUGGGGAGAUUUGGCGAGCCAGAGGAGGUCGCCCAGGCUGUGCUCUUCCUAUUGGAGUCUUCCUACAUUACAGGGCAGGUGCUGGUGGUGGAUGGAGGACUGCAGCUGGCCCAGUAAGGGCCCUCCCAUGGAAUAAUCUCACAGCUAAAAACAAUGGCAGUGAGGCAUGUGAAAGUCUUUUCUUGAAAAUUGUAUGCCUUGGUAAAGGCAUGGAAGUUGGAGACUGUAGAGGACAUAGAUCAAGAAUAAGAUGAAGGGACACUUGGCUCUGUGUUACUCAUGACUGAGGAGCAUUUGACCAGAUGAACAUUUACACCUAACAAGGCUUCAUGGCUGAAGUGGAAUGUUGUUGAGCGAGAUAUUGGUGUAUAUCGUAUUUAUUUUCUGCUGUUUUCGUAUCAAAUUCUUGCUGCAAAACACAGAGUAAGCAAAAUCUUUGCACAAGUUGUAAAAAGGCCAUUACUUGUUGUUGACAUAGGAGAUCACUGUCCUGCUGCUCUGUCUUUUUGCUGAGUCACUCUGUCUGAUGUGUGUCAUGAGUAACGCUUCUGACUCCAGAGUGUCUGGCCCAGUCCAGACCUCUGUGCCCUCAGGUCCUAAAUUUGAUCAGUAGAUUGAACGCUGUUGGUCUUUUUCCAUGACUGUAAAGCGCCCGUCCUGCUCAUGUUUUGUUCCCCCACCUCCCCCGGGAGACCCCCUCACAGCCAGCACAUGUUGCCCCUCCACCAGCGGGCCCCUAAGCCCACCUCUGGAGGGGCCAGGCAUGUCGGGCUGCAGCUGGAGGAAAUUAAAGGUAGUGGUGGGGGGGGGGGGGUAUUUUUAGCUCUGGUAAUGUUUUGAGUGUCUGGUUAGAGCUCUGGACCUGUAGUGUGGACGGAUGGACCGUGCGUUGCUUGUUCCUUUCAUUGAAAUAUGCAGUUACCAUCCAUAGGUGCCGUGACUUUAAGUCAGCGACUUUGAUAGCCCUCUCUCUCUCUUUUAUGUGCACAUCUUAAAUGUUGUGUUUUCUAUUAAGGGAUUGGGCUAGAUUAUACUUUGAUUAGCAUUUUUAGCAAGAAUGGUAUUUCCACUGUGACUGAUAAUGCGUUUAUACUGGCAUUCUCUUAUUGUUUUAGGAAGAGCCUGCCAGUCUGUAAAAACAUCUCACGCUGUCUCUGAAGAGAUUGAUUUUUAUUAACUUUCAUAACCUAAAAUAAUAUCAGGAGAACAAUCCAUAUACAGGCAUUGAUUGGCAUAGAAAUGUGCAAACACAGUAACUGUCAGCUGAUGCAAGCUCUGAACAGACACAGAAAAAGAUGUCCACUUUGUAUAGCAUUACAGAGGUGACGAAAAUAGUUGAUAUAAAUAAACCUUGCCUUUCACUUUUGUACCCUUGAAUACUGGGGGAAAAAAGUUGUGUUUGUACAUCCCGAAAAACGUUGUUGGCACUGUACAAGUGCCCAAAAGUAACAUGCAAAGAAAUUGUGUUUGCAUUAAGCCUACAAGUGAUUUAAGGCAGUAAAUAUAUUUAUAAAACUUCAUGAUACAGAAAAGAUUGUUUUAUCAGUUAACAAAAGGUUGCUGAUAUAAUUUAUGUCAAGAUUGUUGGGAAAGUAAAGUGUUUUUUUUUCCAUACAAAAAUAAAAUGGACAAUCUGUGAUGUGUGACAAAUACACCGAAACCUUUCACA